AUGGCUCAGAAGCCAUGGGAAGGAAUCGAGAUCGGCACCGCCCGCUCUCCGAAUGUAUCAUGGUACGGGCCGUCAUCGCUCUUUUACUUCAUCGGACGUAUGAAUAGCUACAUAGACUCGAGUCUUCACCAGGGACAGUCCGGGGCGACCAAAGAAAUGGUUCUUCAUGGAACUGUAAAUACCUUGCUUGGCUUUGACACCAUCAAAACUCCGGAGGACUCAACACACCCGGCUCUUUCAGGCGACUCCCCAUUACCCAAAGAGAAAAUUUUGAGUCCGACACAGGAAGAAUACUUCCUUGAAUACUUCUGGAAGUCCUAUCACACAUCUUUAUUCCCAGCAAUUAAUGAAACCGAAUUCAUGGAUCACUAUCGCUCUCUAUGGAACGAUUCCGGAGAUUCAAGGACACCAUGCGCGCUCGUGGACAUUGUCCUCGCUUUGUCCAUGCAAUACGGAGUAUCACGCUUGACACCAGAGAAGCAAAAGCCCAUCGCUGACGGUGACCCCAGCAUUGCUGGUCGAUGGUAUUUCCGACGGGCCCAGAUGAUGUUAACCUAUCAUCUAGAAAGCCCAACAGUAUCAACCGUGCAGUGCUUCCUACUCAGCGCUAUCUACUUGUGCAAUGGAUCAUUCCAAAACAUGUCAGCGGAUGCUUGCGGUAGUGCAACUCGAGCUGCCUAUACUGCCGGGCUUCAUCUGGAUCCUCCCUCGUCGAUGCCCGAACCAGAGCGUGAAUUGCGCAGGCGCUUAUGGUGGGCUCUGUACCAGCUGGAUGCCAAAAUUGGAAUGAAACUUGGACGUCCAUUUACUCUUCAUCGGUCCUCUAUCGAGCCUAGACUUCCUGAUGACAGGCCUGAGACUGCCAUGCAGUCAGGAUCCCGCUUUACUCCCCUUGGGGGAAAUAAGACUUGGCUUAGUUUCCAUCUCCACAACGUCGAGCUUUUUACCAUUGCCAAGGAGAUUCACGUGGCUUUCUAUGCCAAAGAACUAAAUCUUCCGGAUGGUCAAUCUAUCUGGCACAGCCCGGAGACACUCGAGUCUCACGCUGGGUAUCUGCAAUCUCAGACGUCCAAAAUGGAUCAAUGGCGAGAGGAAGUGCCUAAUUCACUCAAGACGAAAAGAAAAGGGAACGGUGCGACUUUCUCGACAGACGGCUCUCAGAUGGAGUUUGAGCAAUUUGCGCCCGAAUGGCUCCAGCGCCAGCGCUUAAAUUUGGAGCUUCUAUACCACACACUAUGCCUAAACGUUUAUCGUCCCUUCAUCUCCUUCUUUCCAGGGCGCCAGCCAGCUUUGACUCGUGAGCUGGCCACUAAGUGCGCUCUCCACGCAGUUACACUUACCAGCAUCACACAUCAAGCGCUUUCAUCGACAACGAUUUUGAAUGGCUGGCAUGAAUCAUUUCAAUGGCAAUGGAACGCAUCUAUGACCAUCGUAGGGUUCGUCCUCGCAAAUCCGCACAGCGAGUUAGUCUCCGAUGCCCGCCAAGCCGUUGAUCUCUCAAUUGACAUAUUCGAUAUGUUCGGCGAAUGCUUCGCAGUCGCGACUAGCGCUGGCAGAAUCCUUCGUAACCUAGCCCCCAAAAUAGACUUUCUCUUGCAAUCCUAUUCAGCUUCGCGAGGUUCAAUCGCAGGCCCUGAUGGCCUGGACGAAGCGCCUAUCGAGAACUUGAAGUCAAAUGAGAUCGGAUCAGAGUGGCUUGAUAGUCUCAUGUCGGAUGCGUCUGCUUUUGAUCCUUCUUAUGUGAUGCCGAUGCAGGAGAUGUUCCAAAUGGCUUAUUCGAUCGAGCAGUGGAGUGGGUUGGGUUCGUUGAUGCCGAGUAUGGGGGAUGAUCAGUGGAUUAUAUAG